UCGGGGCUAGGGUUUUAUAUUCUCUGUUACUGACCUCCAAAUCUAUUUCACAGAUUCAUCAUAGAACAGUAGCCAUGAAAAGGAAAAAGAAAUUCAACCCAGGAAGGAAAUUAUCUUCCGAGGCCCAUCAUUGACGAUAUUUUGCUGAAGCUCUCCGUAUUCUAAGCGCUUGCAAAUCUUGGCGCACUGUAAUCUCUGAUCCCCAAUUCGCCAAGCUGCUCUCUGCGAAGGCAGAGCCCUGUGCUCUGCUUCAGGACUCGGAUUCAACAACACUUCAUAUCAAGCUUGCACAAAUGGGUUGUUGCCAAAUGGGGUUAAAAGGAAAAGCGACAUCAGAGUCACACCCAAGGAUCAAAAUUUCAAAAUUGUGAAUUCUUGCAAUGGUUUCCUUUGCUUGUCUGAACCAUCGAGUAAUGAACCUGUUGUUGUGUGUAAUCCGAUCACGGGUGAGUAUAUAAACCUUCCUGUGGGUAAAGGAAGGCCUUCCAAGAAAACCCAAUAUUUUGUUGAUGGUGGGUUUGGCUUCAGUCCGAGAACUAAUCAAUACAAGGUGAUUAGAAUGUUUGAACGGCGUUGGGUAACUUAUAGGAGAGGGAUUGACAUAUACACACUCGGUGCACGAUCAUGGAAAAGCAUUGGUGAUGCGCCCUUUUUAUAUUGUAACCUAGCGUGUCCCACUUAUCUGGACGGAUGUGUCCAUUGGUUGCUCUGUGAAGAAGAAUCUUGGGGACGUUUAGUUUUACUGUUAGAAUAGUUUCUUUUAACUUUGACAACUAGAAGUUGCAAUUGUUUCCAUCGACUCGUGGUUAUAACACAAUCAGCUUUGAUUCGAGCUUGAAGCAUAAUGUGUCCAUGGGAGUGCUAGAAGGCUGUCUAUGCCUAUGUGAUGCUGAUUAUGAUCCCGUUCGUAUAUGGGUUAUGAAGAAAUAUGGUGUUCGGAAAUCUUGGACAAAGAUGUUCUCUAUUGAUCAGAGUUGGCCUUAUGGUUUAUAUCACCCAAUAAAUUACUUGAAAGGGGAAGUAUUGCUGUUUCAUUAUCUUAAAUGUGCUUUGAUUUGUUAUGACCCUGAAAUACCAAAAAUUAAAUAUAUUAAGAUUUGUGGUGCUGAAUCAAAAUUUAAAGCAAUUGCUUAUGUUCCCAACUUCAUUUCACUUAAGGACGCUAUUGUUGGAGAUAAUGUGGUCGUGCUGAACAUGAGUUCAAGAUGUGCAGGAUUCGGAAUGCACGCAGAGAGUAAAGCUCUUUCAUUGGCGGAAGAACAAGGGAAAAUGGAACUGGAUUCAGAUUUCUGUACUUGUUGUCAUAACGAAUCGAAGGAAGUAGCAUCGGUGCUGAUGGAAUAACUAGAGAUAUAUCUGGAGCUGUGGAGUAAAAGUAUACAUUUCCUGCACCCUCAUAAAUUUGAUAUUUUACUUACUAUGGACUUGUAGUUUUGGGUGCCUUUUUGUGGUUAUGCGAAGCCUAUUGGGUGAAUAGGCCACAACAAACAAUAUCACUUUUUGUGGAUUUGAGACUUCAAAUUUCUUAGGUGAAUGGAAAGUAUAUUGAGAACUAAACCAAGAAGAAAAAACUACUGAUAUCUUCCUGACCAAAGCUUUAUUGAGAAGUUCUCAUAAAAAUUGCAGCUUACAACUUAUUUGCAGAAUUAUUAUAGCAGGCCAUACAAUAGGACUGUAAAAAUUAAAAGUUUAUUGCUCUCAUUCUAUUAGAACCGUAAGUGAUCCCACUGUGUAUAUAUUUUACGUAGCAUUAAAACAAACAUUUUCUUGAUUUUAAGCAUCUAACAUUGCCGCGAGACAUU